AUGCCGUACAGCUUCAACUGGCUCGUAGACCAGCCAGAAUACGGCAACCUCUACGACCACGGCGAGGACAGCGACGGUCUGGUGACCAGCGGCGAGUACCGCGUGCUGCUGCCCGACGGUCGCACGCAGGUGGUGCGCUACACCGUGGAGGGCGACAGCGGCUACCAGGCGCAGGUCGCGUACGAGGGCGAGGCCCAGUUCCCGAGCCGUGCCGACUCGCCGGUCGGCCCCGGCCCGUACCGAUUGGGAGCCGGCGCCGCCUUCGGGGCAACGAACGGCGGCCGCCCCGGAAUCGGAGGCGCCGCCGCCAGCGCUGUCGGUGGCGGUCCUAGUGCCCUCGGUGGCGGUCCUAGCACCGUCAGUGGCGGCCGCAGCGCCGUUAAGGCCGGCCCGAGCACUCCCAGCACCAGCUACGGCUACUGA